GUCCGAUUCGACGGUUUAAGGGGAAAGUUAAGGGGAAAGUGAACUCCCAAUGCUCCGUGUUGGACCAGGUCCAGAUGGAAAACCACCGCAGCUAGACCUGUCAAAUGUGGACUGGACUGUCACAGAGAAGACAAAGAUUCAUUAAAACACAGUUUCGGAUUUGUGAAAACAUUAUUAUAUUUGUGAAAAUGCAAAAGAAAAGUGGGAUUUCAUCACUCAUUUCUCCUCAAGACCACAUUGGACCAGGUAUGAGUCACCCGCCCCGUUCAAACCGGGGGCACCGGGAGAGAAACGGAGACCACCGUCAUCACCGGGACUCUCACGACGACAGGUCGUCGUCGCCGUCGUCUCGGCCCCCGUACUACCCCAGAGAAGUCGACUCUCCUCCCCAACGCGUGCGGGACGUUCCCCCCCGAGCGGAGCAGCACGACUCAAAGUGCACACACAUCUGCUCCCGGAGAGGUGUGGUGCUGAUCUGCUCCGUGCUGACCAACGCCCUGGUGCUGAUCUGCCUGAUCGCGGCUCACAUGGUGACGUCGGGCAUGUCCUCGGUCGCCGCCACGGGCGGCUUCAACAUCAACUCCCACUUCAACCUGCAGGGCACCGAGCUGCAGCAGGUCCGCGACCUGGACAUGCAGUACAGCCAGAUGCGGGCGCCCGGGAUCUACGGGGGAAUCCCCUUCAGCCUGACCUUCGGCGUCGUCUCGAUGCUGUUCGUGGUCGCCGCGAGCAAACCCCCGCACCUGAUGUCCAGGAAGCUCCUGGUCGGGGCGCUGCUGUUCCAGGCGGUGGGCGCCGUGGCGUACGUGGUGGCCGUCGGCCUCUACCUGCACUUCAUCAUCGGCGUCAACGCCACGGACGUGUGCCAGCGGCGGGAGCGGCUGUACGCGCGCAACGGCUACACCUGGAUGAGCUGCGACGUGAGCGGGGCCGACGCCGCCGUGGCUCUGUUCGGGCUCAUCACGGCCAUCCUGUACGCGGUCGGCGCUGUGCUCACCAUCCAGACCGUCCGCGGCGUGAGGCGCUACCUGCAGGAGAGGAAACGCCGAGCGGCGGAGAGGCCGCGGGCCCCGCUGAGGGCCGACACCACCGCUGUGUGACGGGCCAUACAGACCACAGACCAAUCAGCUCACUGGGGAAAAAUCCCAUAUUCCUACAGAUUCUAAUCACGGAUAAAAUGACAGUGUUUAUAAUAAUAUUUUUAUAGGUUUUUGCACAUUUACGUGUGGUGCACACUGGGAUUUGUACACUCUGAUGUACGUGUCACAUUCCUACUGAUCCACAGAAGAAGGUUCAAGUCCGACAUCAUCGUCUGAGCCUGCUAAUGCUAAGCUAACGAGCGGCGGCUGCCUAACAUAGUUCCUACACUCCGAUUGGCUGCUGCUACAACCGCGGCUGUGACACGCAAAUUAGCGUCUUCGGUCUCCAGAUCGUUUUCCACAGUCUCGGCGUCGACUGUGGCUCCGCCCACAGCGGCUCCAGCCGUGGUUACGAUCCCUCGACGCUGUGGAAUAAGGAUGAGCGCUGGACGCAUCGCGAGAUAAAGAAAAGAAAUCCCACUGUGCCCUCUGUUGGGUCAGUUAACCAUGAAAAGUAUGGAGGAUUAAAAAUGUGACUCGCCUCUUAAUGAGUGAGGAGUAUUUGCUGCCUAUUUUAUUUACGUGCAGUUUCUUUCAGAUUUCUCUUCUCUCCCUUUUUUAAUCUCGAUGAGCCAAUAACAAAACUUUAAACUGUUUUUAUUCUACUUCAUUUUCCAUAUUUGAUCUCACUGAACAACUCUCCUGCUGCAGGGACAUGAAUUCCACGAGUGAGUCACGGACUCGCGUCACGUAAAACACGUAACUAAUGUUCUGAUGUUUUGCUUUUUUUACACGUCAUUGGUUUGUAAUCUUGUGAUUAUGUUUGAGUGAACGGUUUAUAUGUUGGAUUAGACUUUUUUGAAAUGAUUUUUACUUGUUUACUGGUAUGAAUUAAUGUUUGUUUUUUAUAUAUCAGAGGUUGGAUUUUAUAAUACAAAGAUUAUCUUCUCAAAUUAAACCACUAAUGUGACUCACUCCAUUCAACAUGACAGUUUGUGACGAUCGGCCUGUAGAGGGCGCCAGACGUCUCCUGUGACUUCUGUUUCCCUCCACACACUUCUGCCGCCGCCGCCUUGUUCCUUCUCUCUGCUGCCUCAGAUUUGGAAAUAAGCAAGUUAUUAAUAAUUAUCCAAGAAAAUUGUUAACAAUAAUAAAAAAUAUUAAUAUAAACUA